UCUCCCCCGACAGCAUAAACGUGGGUCCCUUUAAUCUUCAAAAUAAUCAGAGCCAGUAUGGGAAAGAAAAGAAAAACACACUGUGCCAAAUCGUACUAGCUUUCUCUCUCCUCUGCUCUCUCUCUCUCUCCUACCGCUUCUUCAAGCCCCACCAGUACCACACCCACCACCACCUCUAGGGUUUUCCAUAGCCUAAACUUCGAUUCCUUCCUCAUUCCUCAGCUUUUAUGACAGUAUCUCACUCAAUGUGUAAAAAAGAACACCCCCCCACCUCUUGUUUCAGGGUUUAGAUGUCAUAAUAUGGAGCCAGUGAAAGAAGUGUAAAAACUAUACAAAUUGUGAACUUCUCUGAUCUACAAACAGUCUAAAAAUUACCUGUUCUGUUCUUUUUUCCAUGAAUUUCCUGUGUCUGAAGUGCUUCUUUAGAGACCUUUAAGGAUAAAUGUUGCAGGACUGAAUUCCAUCUUACUGUUUUUGGCAUUACAUUCAAGUGGCUUUAGUAGAGUAACCCUGUAAUGGGUUCGUUUUCUGGUACUUGUGAAAUUGUUGAAGCAAGUGAGGAGCUGAAUCUAGGUGGUCAACAUUCUAGGUCAUAUAAUGACAAAGAUCGGAAAUUUCCUAUGCUCAGACUUGGACGUAAGGAUUCCAUAGAAGGUGAUAUUAAUCAACUUUUUGAGGCAAUUAGUCUUAAACCUUUGUCCAAGGACUUGCGUCUUUCACAAGAUGGAACAAGCCCUUUAAACAAAAGUGCCUUGAAAAGGCCAAUUACAGUCGGUAUGUCUAAUUCACCGAGAUUUGGGAAUUCAGAACCUGUAUCGCUGAAACAGGCAUUAAGGGAGCUAUGCAUUUCCAAGGCAUCAGAAAUGGCUGCUAUGAAACGGUUAUCAAAGUCAACUGGUUCCCCAGGAGUCUCAGAAGCUGGAAGGAUAAAGACAUUGUACAAUGCAGUUGUGGUUGAAGCUAGUGAAUCUGGCCUAUCCUUAGCUGAAGGUAAACGGAGUCUGGUCAAAAUAUCACUGGUGCCAGAAGAAAGCAAAUCAAAUUCUUUUGGGAAGAUGCCUGAGCAUUGUCAAAUGCCCAACAUGAAGUCACCAAGUCAAAGUUCCCAUUCCUCUCCUAGAUUUACUGCUGCAAAAACACAAAAUAAUGCUGGUAAUAUACAAAAUGAGAUUGUUUCUACAUCAAGGAUAGUUGGGGAUCAUACACCAAAGGUAGAGCUUGCACAGAAAGAGAAGCAUGCAUCUGCACCUUCUCCAUCUUCUUCUAGUACUGCUGGCAACAUAUCAGAGCUGGUUGAAAAAGUUCCUGCCUCAAUGAAGUUAGCAAAUAAAGCAGCGGCACCUAAGCCUGGGCGGAAAGGCAGAAUGCAAGCCGUACCUUCUUCUAGUUCAGUUGUUGGUGGUAGGGCGAGCAAGUUAUCCAGGAAUACCCCCCGCUCUGUCAAAUCAGUUGUUAGGAACAAGACUUCUGUCAAGAAGAAACUAAAGCAGAAUUCAAGCUCUGCUGCCUGCACUUCUACUGCAUAUGACAAAGUUAAUAAUGACUUGGAUUCUAGUAAAGGUCAACUGGUUUGUGAGAGAUGCCACUGUACUUUGAAGAAUGAAAGUAACGAGUUCAAACAAGAUCCUCUAAUGUCCCACUCAGCCGGUCCAACCAUUGAAGUAAGCCCAAAUAAUGUCCACUCUGGAGCAAGCAAGCCAGGCAUCGCCUCAAACAGCAUUAGUAAAAGCAGAGCUGUCGUUAUCAAAGCAAAAAAGAACACAAAAUCAAAAGAGAAGGGGGAAUUUUCCCAAAGUUCAAAAAGUAGUCAAGGUGAGUAUAGUAGUAGCACAAGUAUCAGUGAUGAGAGCAAUGUGAGUGGGUCUAGUUGUGGUAACAGGCCUCACAUGUCAAAGGAUGUGAGGUGGGAAGCCAUCCGUCAUGCACGAAUGCAGCAGGGAGUCCUGGGUUUGAGUCACUUCAAUCUUUUAAAGAAGCUUGGUUGUGGUGACAUUGGAACUGUAUAUCUUGCUGAGCUGAUUGGUACAAAUUGCCUAUUUGCUAUAAAGGUCAUGGACAAUGAAUUUUUGGCUAGAAGGAAUAAGAUGCCAAGGGCUCAAACUGAAAGAGAAAUAUUGAGAAUGCUGGAUCAUCCAUUUCUCCCAACACUAUAUACCCAAUUCACAGCAGAUAAUUUAUCAUGCUUAGUUAUGGAGUAUUGUCCAGGUGGAGAUCUUCAUGUCCUACGGCAGAAGCAGUUUGGCAGGAGUUUUCCUGAAGCAGCAGCUAGCAAGCAACACCACUGCUGCUGCUCUCAGCUACCAACAGCACCUGCUUGUGUAUUGACUUGGUUUUAUGUUGCUGAAGUCCUCCUUGCUUUGGAGUACUUGCACAUGCUUGGAGUUGUGUACCGGGAUUUAAAACCAGAGAACAUUCUUGUUAGGGAAGAUGGUCACAUUAUGCUCACAGACUUUGACCUCUCACUCAGAUGUACUGUGAGUCCAACUCUCUUGAAAUCAUCUUCAUCUUCAUCUACUGCAGAUCCUGUAAGGAUAUCCGGCCCAUGUACAGAUUCUAGAUGUGCUGAACCUUUCUGCAUUGAACCAUCCUGUCAAGUCCCCUGCUUCAGCCCUAGGUUUUUACCUGCUGCUGCAAAAACAAGGAAGUUAAAAGUUGACCCUGCAGUCAAGGUCAGAUCGUUGCCACAGCUUGUGGCUGAGCCCACUGAUGCACGAUCCAAUUCCUUUGUUGGUACCCAUGAAUAUCUGGCUCCUGAGAUAAUUAAAGGAGAGGGUCACGGAGCUGCAGUUGAUUGGUGGACGUUUGGUGUCUUUCUUUAUGAGCUUCUAUAUGGUAGAACACCAUUUAAAAGUGGUAAUAAUAAUAAUGACGAAACUUUAGCUAAUGUAGUGUUGCAGAGUCUCAAAUUCCCUGACAGCCCACUCGUCAGUUUCCAGGCAAGAGAUCUCAUCAGAGGGUUGUUGGUAAAGGAGCCAGAGAAUCGGUUAGGAUCCAUGAAAGGGGCGGCUGAGAUUAAGCAGCACCCCUUCUUUGAAGGCCUGAAUUGGGCAUUGAUACGUUGCACCAUUCCACCAGAGCUACCUGACCUUUGUGAUUUUGGAUUUGCAACCCCGGCUUCCCAGGAAACAUCAAAUAAGUAUUUGGAAUGUAAAGCUGCAGGAGAGCACCUGGAGUUUGAAUUGUUUUAGAGAAAGCACUACUUUUGGGAAGAGAUGCUCUCUAAUUAGGUUAGUUCUUAAUUUAGACCUCUCCUCCCCUGUUGUAUCUAAUAUGUAGCCUAAAAUGUAAAUUUAGUUGAGAAUGGUAAAAGCCUGUCAUUUAUGGUAUAGAAAGUUGUAGCUGAGGAUUUGAUACAUGGCUUCAUGACUCAUGAGAUAGCCUGAGUUGCCUUGAGAAAUACCACAUUUUCAAUCCAAGAUUACCUCUAAA